GAGUCUGUGAAUCCGCGCGAUUUGGCGAUCGUGCGGUUCACUCCGUCGGCCACGGAUCCGCACUCCGACUACGCGGACGAGUUCUACUUUCCGGCAAUCGAAGGCGGAAAGCUUCUGCCGGCACCCUUCCGUCAACUGCCCUUGGACCACGAAAAGCUUCCCCCCUUGCAUCGUGGCAAUGCGUCUGCUCUGAAGACUGGCCAAUCGAAGUCACACAACUCUGCUCCUGGUGUCUUGUUCAAAGACAGUCCCGUUUCAUCUGACAAGGCAAAAGAAAAACCGCACGAGCUGAAAAUUCCUCUUAAAACAACGCAAGGAGGAUCAAAUGACAAGACACCGAAGGCUUUUCUUGGGCAGUCCGGAAUGAAGUCGUCAUCUUUGAGCGGGAGCAUUGGAUCACCUCUUCAGGAGGAGCUUGGUGCCCCAAAGGCAGCAAUGGGCGGUAAUUACUUUGACGUAAACCCCAUCGACCGACAGCUGCUGAGCGGCCGCAGCUUCCCGAAAGCCAAUAAAUUAGCACCGAAUGAUUUUCCUCGAAAUCAGUUCCACACCAAAAACCCAUAUGAGGCUGCUGUUGAAAAGCUAUCACCCCAGUACAAUGCAUACCUCGCAGCGGCUGAGAAGAAUGGUCUACUUCAUGACCGGCUUUACCCUGGCGUUGAAUUUAUGGCAGAUCAGCCAAUUAUCGACGGCAUUGAAGGCGAAACGCAAAUUGAAUUCAAGCCUCUAGACAAGGACUCCUCGAAGCCCCGCAUGAUGAGCAACAAGGAAUAUCUGAAGCAGAAGUUCAAUUUCCCGAUUCCAGAGUACAGCGAUUACGAAGACCCAGGAUACGGUCCCGCCUAUGGCAGGGGCCGAGGUAUGGGAAAACCAAACCCUUUGUACCGCAAACGGUCUUCCAAGUCGCAGCGUUUCAACCUCCGCAACUUUUUGAACGAGUUCAACGACUACAUAAAAGCUGAACGCGAAGUGACCAAGCAGACCAAGAAAGAUGCAGGUUUUGAAACAAACGCGAACAGCGCUGACGAUUCCUUCGUGUCUGACGACAUCGACCCUCUCCUCCGCAAAGACUUCAUGGCCGUAGCUGCGGAUGUGAUGCGCAAGGAUCGCUACGGUGACACAAAACCGCAGUACAAUUCAGCACAGCUCAAGCGGUUGGCUGCUCUCAUUGACGGACUGAGGACGAUGCAGCAAGGCGGCCACGAUGCAGACAACGUUCUCCCUCGUCUGCUGGACCGCUCAGAGACGCAGCCUGUCUACGUCAAGCCGCUGCCACAGCGCGCGUCGGGCCCCGGGGGCGCGUCAGGGCAGGCCUCGCAGAACGAGAUCGCCGACUACUACCCCGACACCAACAACGGAGCUUACCUACGUGUAGACAAGGCCAUACCGUACGGUUCACCAAGCCACUACCCCUCUCGUCCCCGCCCUCACCUGGACCGGUACGCCUACGCUCCGUACGUUGAGGGCUUCCCUCAAACCAAGGACGGUUACUUUGCCCCAGAAACUGGCGGAGGCGCUGAAGGAGUGGAAGGAGAAGGAGAGCAAGGGUAUUACAGUCAGGGCCAAGAGCCCACUGAUGUAUACUAUAAGGGACAGCAGCCAGAGUCCUACUAUCCUACGUACGGGCCGUCCUACGGCUGGCACAGGAACUCCAUCGACAGUCAGUUUGGUGAUACUCCGGUGCCCUUAGAAGAUAACCACUACGACACGGACAAGGACGGUUUCGGGUCCCAGAUGCGGUACCCUCACUUCUACCGCCCAGAGGACGCCUACUUCGACUUCAACUACGACUAUGCGACCCCCAUGGACGCAGCUGGUGCCUCUGAGGCCUCUGGCUUCGUCAAGAAAGACGAGGAGAUGGCAGACUCCGAGUUCGGGACCGUAAUGAGCGCAGCCGGCAAGCCGCUCCCCAACAACUUCGAGCGACCGGAGCGGUUGGAUGUCAAGAAGCCAGGUCCGCACUACAGCACCAACCGCUACGGCUUCGACGACUAUGCUCCCUUGUUGUACGAUCCUAAAGCAUACGCUCACAAUUACGACGCUGAACAUGUCGCUAAUUACGGAGUGCACUAUCCUGACUACUCACAGUACCCUCAGUUCUAUGACCCCUACCACUAUUAUGAUGUGGAAGAUGUGGAUGCUGUUGGGGGUUCAGAUGUUGAAGGGGACCCUGGCAACGCUUCUGGGGAUGACAAAGGAGGGGAGAAGACGCGGUACCGUGAUGCAAAUGGCAACGAGAUUGACAUCGGGCUUGCCACUGGUCGUGGUGGCAUGAUCCCCCGGGCCCCAGACUAUGAGGCCUACCAGGCCCACUUCUCAGAGCUGCUCCGCAAGCAGGGCCUCGAGGGCAGCUCCCUGCACCCCGGGCCCAAGAUGCAGCGCCUCACCGCAGGGCCCCGCAUGCUUCCUGACUUGCUACUGACCGAGGAGAUGGUCGUUGAUGAUGUCGGCAAGGGGCAAGCGAAACAGCACCACGCUAAGAUGAUGAUGAACCGCCCCAUGGGGAUGCAUCCAGGCCGCGUGAACCUCAACAAGGACAAGAACAAAUCCAACCUCACUGGGGGGGAAGAACCCACCCAUGCCCCACCCCUGCCUCCACCUUCCCCUACUUAUGUCUAUGUUGACGUCAACAUGAGCUUCUCCAGUCUGGGCGAGGCGAGCGACCUGGCGAGUCUGAUCCUUCACAACGCCGGCCUCUCGCGCGCCGACAUCCAGGACCUCAGAGUGGAGGACAACCGCAUGCUCUUCACUCUGCGCGACAACCUCAAGGGCAUCAGCGAACAGGACGUUGCUGACAAAGCCAAGGAGCUGGCGCCGAGUAUCCAGCGUGACUGGAACGUUCUCAUCACCCGCGCUGGCGUCGCGUCGUCGCAGGGAGAAGGCUGGUCGGUGGUCGAAGGUGGUGGCUCAGAGCGGCGUCUGAUGGUGGGGGCGGCGGUGGUGAGCGGCGUGAUGGCGGCGGCGGUGGUGGCCGCCGCUGGCCUCCUGCUGCUGCGCCGCCACGCCGCCCAGCGACUCAAGCUCCGGGGCCUCAACCGCGACUCGGAGGCUAGUAAAGACUACCAGGACUUGUGCCGUGCCCGCAUGGCAGCCAAGAACAAGUCUGUGCACGGUGAGAAGGAUGGUGCAGGCAACCUGCCUGGCACGCAUGGUACCGCCAAGCCCAGGAUCGCCAGCCUCUCCAAGGAGUCCGACAACGGCGGCAACUCCCCCGGGUCGCGGUCCUCGACUUCGUCUUGGAGUGAGGAACCGGUGGCUCCAAACAUGGACAUUUCCACGGGUCACAUGGUCCUGUCCUACAUGGAAGACCACCUUCAGAACAAGUCUCGUCUCGACCAGGAGUGGGUUGCUCUCUGCGCUUACGAAGCCGAACCCAGUGCCACCAUGGUCGCCAAGAAGCCUACGAAUCAAAAGAAGAACCGCUACCCCGCCGUGCUGCCCUACGACCACAACCGCGUGCACCUCAACCAGCAAGCCAACAUCUCGGGCUGUGACUACAUCAACGCCUCCUCCAUCACGGACCACGACCCGCGCAACCCUGCCUACAUCGCCACCCAGGGCCCACUGGCCACAACCACGGCCGACUUCUGGCAGCUGGUCUGGGAACAAGGCAGCGUCGUCAUCGUCAUGCUCACCAAACUCAACGAGAACGGCCACACGCUCUGCCACCACUACUGGCCGCAGGAGGGCAGCCAGCUCUACCACAUCUACGAGGUUCACCUGGUCUCGGAACACAUCUGGUGCGACGACUACCUCGUCAGGAGCUUCUACCUGAAGAACACUCGCACCGGAGAGACCCGCACCGUCACGCAAUUCCACUUCCUCUCCUGGCCUGACACCGCCAUCCCCGGCUCAACCAAAGCGCUGCUCGAGUUCCGGCGGAAAGUGAACAAGUCGUACCGUGGUCGCUCCUGCCCCAUCAUCGUACACUGCAGUGACGGAAUCGGACGGUCUGGCACAUACAUCCUCAUCGACAUGGUGCUCAACCGCAUGGCCAAAGGAGCCAAAGAAAUCGACAUAGCGGCCACGCUUGAGCACAUCCGUGACCAGCGAGCCAACAUGGUUACUACGAAGCUUCAGUUCGAGUUCGUUCUCAUGGCUGUAGCUGAGGAAGUCCACGCCAUCUUGAAAGCUUUGCCACAGUAAAAUCAACGCAACGAUUUUAUUUUCCACGUUACACUGAUCAAACUACAGAAUACUUUCUCGUUACGUUAUGUAUGUAGCAGGGCCGAAUUUACUGUGCUGCCUAUCCAAUAGAGCAGCCUAUCAAAGUUUUUUUUUACAAUCUGGCUCGAUUUACUAUGAUAGAAUAUGUGCUUCGAAUAUCUUUUUUUAAUUUUUUUUCGUUCUGAUAUUGUAUUUCAGUGGAAGCCAAGAAAGAAUUAAAUCUGAAUUUUAAUAACUGGUAAGUCAGUUGUAUACUGCUUGCCCGCUAAAAAAUCGCACAUUUUUUACGAAAUUCCAUUACAUUCGAAAAUUACCGCGCAAAACUAUUUGCUGGUUUAUAAAAUCCAAUUAAAUAUUACAGUCGCACAAAAGUCAAUCCAACACUGUGCACAAUAUUUAAUUUUGUUUUAUUUGUAAUCUGCGAGUAUUUUUCUAUACUUAAAAGUCUGCUUAAAUAAUCCAUUUACUGUACGCAAUUCUCUCCCUACUAUCAUGCUCCGAAUGCUUCAUGCAUGCACAAUUAAUUUGGCGUGUAUGCAAACUCGUUUGCGUUUUCAUCAUAAAAUCGUUUUUUCUAAUGAUCACGUUCAAAAUUUUGUCUUUAUUCUCACGCACCUCCGUUCAUAGCCAAUCGAAGGAUUCAUUCAUAUUUUAUCUGCUGGUGAUUUUUUACUGACCGAUGGCAGUGAAUUUCCAUUGCCUUUUGUAUAGGUCAUUUUCAAUACAACUUUCACAUCCUGCCAGCAGGUGCACUUCUCUUCCUAUGUUACGUAAUCAAGUGACUUUUACAGUUAACUUUCUUAUCGAUCGGCCUUUAUAUUCAUAAACCAAAAGAUUUCCAUUUGAAUAAUUUUAUACAUCACUCAAAGAGUAUGACUUCACCACAGUCAUCGAGUUUCAAACUUUUCCUUAAUUUCUGGUUAAAUUUCUCCCCUUUUAAGAUUGGCAAAAAGAUUAAAAUUAUUUCUGAAUUUCAGCGAAACAGGUACUGUAUUCUCUUAAUGAGCCGCUUGGGCCAAGAUUCAUCAGCUGUGCGAUCCGCAUGGAUAUGGUCAUAUCAGCAGGUAGAUCAGAAGGGUUCAUUUUCACACUCUCCUUCUGAAGUUUCACUCACUGUGAGAGGAAAUAACCUGGCUCUGUCUUUCAUUUUAUUGAGUUUUAAUUUUAAGCGAAAGCUUCAUCUACAGCCUUUAUUCUCUAAUGCUUCAUGAAGCGGAACUAAAACAACAGCGAGUGUUGUAAAAGCAGUCACAAUCAUCGAUAACCAGCAAAUUUCUCAAAUUAUUGGAACCGUCUGUUUAACGAGAAGGAGCGAAGUUGACCUCGAAAUAUUUCCUGGAAUUUCAUUAAAAAUUUAUCCAUAAACAAUCACGGGCAAUUGGCAUCAACGAUGUUUCCAUAUUACUCAGAUAAUCGCGUAUAUCUAAGCUUAAGUGGAUGAAGUAUCAUUAGUUAGCAGCUGUACUGUGUUGCAUCGGUGUCUUCUCAUGGCAGUCUUGGCUGUAUUACUUAGAAAGAGAAUAUCCCUACCGGCCGCACCACUGAGACAGGUUUAUGAGAUUCAGUCACACGCUCAAUUCUCCGCGCUGCUUUCGCCUUGGUGCUUCACCAUAUUUGUCCGUAAUCAAAUUCGAAUACGUUGAAACCCUACUCAUUAUCUGUACGCACAACUUUGAUUUUAGUUUUUUGACAUGGCGUCCGCAGUGACCAUGCCGUUCAGAUGCUUUCUUCUUUUCUUUUACGAGGUAAGUUCGCAUAAACUUCAGUCAUAUGCAUAUGUUUGAGUAUUACCUAAUUUGUAGCUAUUGCUAAAUGAUUUCUCUGCUGUCGUGAGAUUUUCUGUUAUCAUAUUUGUAACGCGCUCAUGGACCACGCAGUUAAGACUCGCCAGCAAGGUUGUUGAAGACCUCGCCACUAACUCACGGAUUAAUUUACUUUUACGGACACUAGAGUUAGAGUACCUCGCGAAGUGUUGCUCCAGCGCCGGACGGUCGGCACCUCCUUGUACCCAGCCUCGCGAGGAGACUACCCAUACCCUCCGCCCCACCCACACAACCGCUCGCGAUAAGUGAUUCUACUUCUUGCUCUAUCAAACAUUGAUUAACUCGACUCGUUAUGAGCACAUGCGAUUUUCUCAGCGUAUUCAUAGAUACGAAUAGCAUAAUUCUAGGCAAAAUAGAAUAUUUUAUACAUCAUGAUGCAGGCUCUUCUGCUGUAAGUAAUCUCAAGUCUCAGCUUUCGGUUUCGAACUUGGAUUUUUCGACCUCUAAGACGCGCGUGCAGUUGAGUUCAUCAGAACUUGUUCACAUACAUAAAUUUAUUACACUGGAUGAAUCAAGUACUAGUCACCAUUUGCAUGCGGUUUUGUCGGUGGUUUUUGGAGCAACUCACAUGUAGCGGGAUAUUGUCGCGCCGCUGAAUAUCAAUUACAGGUCGAGGUGUUAGUGGCCAUAAUUGUACUCUAUAGCUAGAGACUAGAUGAAUGAAUGUGCUUGUUGGUAUCUAAGUAACCUAUAUUUGUUAGUUAUCUAAAUUACAUAUAUCUUUGAAUGUUGAUAAAAUAUAUAAAAUACUAAAAACUGCAAUAUGUAUAGAUGUAAUGAAAAAUAUAUUUGAUGCUACUGAAUGUUUUAGCUUGUAGGUACGAAAGUCUAACCGCGAGUUCUAAUGAUCACCGGAGAGAAAUACUUGUGAAAGUAACUUUGAUUAGCUCAUAUGAACGUAUGGAGCGAACUUCCCAUACUAGCUGCUCGCAGUGGGAACAAAAGGGUAAACGUCCAAUUAAAAAAAAAAUAGUUUACUCUGCGCUUCACUUUGUCCGCAGUUCAUCGAAACGUGAAUAAAUGCGAGCUCUGCAGCGCAUUUCGUUGCAACAACAAUGUAAGGAAGUGGAGAGCAUCCUGCUAUAGCGAGGGCUCAAUGAUGCCUCGUUACAAUGAUAUUCUCUUUGAGGAUGAGGUUGACGAAUAUAGAUUUGGGGCGUUGUGCUUUACAUGUGAUUGUAUUCUCUUCAUUGGUUAAGAAAUAAACGAGACGGUUGGGUUGGAUGGAUCGAAGAUUAAUCUCACGAGAAGGCUCUAGUAGAUUUUCUUGUCCACCCAAUGCACUACCAGUGAUAGUCUAAGUUCUAAACUAUCUUCCAAAUUAAGCACAAGGCAACGCUGACCAGCCUAGCACCCAUAACAACCAGCAUGUUACCCCAGGGCAUGUUAUUGAAACCUUUAGUAAAUCAAUGACCACUUUCUAAACGCUAUCCAAUUCCCUCGUUUAGGAUGAAGACAAUAUACAUCACAUACUGGCGCAUCUGUAUGUACUCUAUACGAAUAUUUUUUAACCCUCUAUAUGUCUAUAGCCGAGUUGAACUUACAAAAACUAAGUUCGACAAUCACUUCAACUGUUUUAUUCUUUUUGAGACGACACUGAGGUGCGAUACUGUCAUACAAUGACUACAUUUAUUGUUACUAUUAUCCUCACUUACAAGUUACUUUAGAUUGCCUUCAGAACAUUCUCCUUCAACCUAGACAGACACAAUUACCGCAAGCUAUAUGAACCAUCCUUAUUGGACGCAUCAGGAUAAUUCGUAUAUAUUCCUGUAUCAUCAAUAACAGACCUUCAAAUAUACGAUUCGGUGGACA